GCGCAUGCGCGCGGACCAGGGGCGCGGGUCUGGAGACCCACAGGCACCGGCGAGGGCACAGGCUGGGAACGCGUGCGACUCUCGGGGGCCCGCGGAACUGCCGGCUACUUCGGGUCCCCGCGAGUGCCGAGCGCCGGCUCCGAACUCUGGUGUUCGCAGCUGGUAGUGGGGCUAGGGGGCUUCGCGGAGUCCUUGAAUUGGAGCGACGCUGGGUCCUCUGGUUGUCCCCUGGAGGGGAGGGCCCGCGGGCGGGGACAUCGGGGCGCGCCCUUCCCACGGCGCCGUGCAUUUGGGCGUCACCCACCGGGGGGCGUUUCCUGAGACCCUCAGGGAUCUCAGAGGCGAGGUAACCUGAGGACUGGACAGACCGAUCCUGGGAUCACUGAGCCCGGCCACUCCUGUGGAUCUGGAGAAACGCCCGUGGCCAAGGCUGAAGUUCAAGGCCCUGUCUUCCCGGUGGAACUGACAUUUGUGGCAAGUUCAGCUCAGGAGCAAGACGUUGUCGUCACAGGUUGGCGCUCUGUGGCCUGCCUGGCCACUUCCAGUCAACAUGGUGGACACAGAGAGUCCCAUCUGUCCCCUCUCCCCACUUGAGACAGAUGACCUGGAGAGUCCCUUAUCGGAAGAAUUCUUACAAGAAAUGGGAAACAUUCAAGAGAUUUCUCAGUCCCUUGGGGAGGAGAGCUCCGGAAGCUUUAGUUUCACGGACUACCAGUAUUUAGGAAGCUGUCCGGGCUCCGAGGGCUCCGUCAUCACAGACACCCUCUCUCCAGCUUCCAGCCCCUCCUCAGUCAGCUGCCCUGUGAUCCCCGCCAGCACGGAGGAGUCCUCUGGCAGUGCACUGAACAUCGAGUGUCGGAUAUGUGGGGACAAGGCCUCAGGCUACCACUACGGAGUCCACGCGUGUGAAGGCUGCAAGGGCUUCUUCCGGCGAACUAUUCGGCUAAAGCUGGUGUAUGACAAAUGUGAUCGGAGCUGCAAGAUUCAGAAAAAGAACAGGAAUAAGUGCCAGUACUGCCGCUUCCACAAGUGCCUGUCCGUUGGGAUGUCACACAAUGCAAUUCGCUUUGGACGAAUGCCAAGAUCGGAGAAAGCAAAACUGAAAGCAGAAAUUCUCACGUGUGAACACGAUCUGGAAGAUUCGGAGACUGCGGACCUCAAAUCUCUGGCCAAGAGAAUCCACGAGGCCUACCUGAAGAACUUCAACAUGAACAAGGUCAAAGCCCAGGUCAUCCUCGCAGGAAAGACCAGCAAUAACCCGCCUUUCGUCAUACACGACAUGGAGACCUUGUGUAUGGCUGAGAAGACGCUUGUGGCCAAGAUGGUGGCCAACGGCAUCCAAAAUAAGGAGGCGGGAGUCCGAAUCUUCCACUGCUGCCAGUGCAUGUCCGUGGAGACCGUCACCGAGCUCACAGAAUUCGCCAAGGCCAUCCCAGGCUUCGCGAACUUGGACUUGAAUGACCAAGUUACCUUGCUAAAGUAUGGCGUGUACGAAGCCAUAUUCACAAUGCUGUCCUCCAUGAUGAACAAAGAUGGGAUGCUGGUAGCCUACGGCAAUGGCUUCAUCACGCGAGAGUUCCUCAAGAACCUGAGGAAACCAUUCUGUGACAUCCUGGAACCCAAGUUUGAUUUUGCGAUGAAGUUCAACGCCCUAGAACUGGAUGACAGUGACAUUUCCCUUUUUGUGGCUGCUAUAAUUUGCUGUGGAGAUCGGCCUGGCCUUCUAAACAUAGGAUACAUUGAGAAGAUGCAGGAGGGUAUCGUGCACGUGCUCAAGCUCCACCUGCAGAGCAACCAUCCGGAUGAUACCUUCCUCUUCCCCAAACUUCUUCAAAAAAUGGUGGACCUUCGGCAGCUGGUCACGGAGCAUGCGCAGCUCGUGCAGGUCAUCAAGAAGACCGAGUCUGACGCCGCAUUGCAUCCGCUACUGCAGGAGAUCUACAGGGACAUGUACUGAUUUUUCUUGAGAUGACCGUCCAGGGACCUCUGAGGUCUGCAGCCGCACACAGGAGAGCAGGGAUUUGCACAGAUGGCCACCCUCCCACCCUUGGAGAUGAAGAGGGCUGAGCCUAGGUAAUGGAGGCUCCUCCCACAUCUUUCCUUUCUGAAUGGGCACUUCUAAGAAUGCCUGCUACUCAAAUGCUGGUGAUCGGAGGCUAAUAGGAUUCAGACAAUCACGGAGAAUGGCAAUCCCCGGUCUGAUCUUAACUGGUCCAAUGUUAAUCAAUGCACCUCUCUACAUCACAUUUAUAAUUUGCCAUUAAUUAACGUGUAACCUCCCAAGUCCUAGUGUUCUUUUCUCUGCCUACCCGUCCUUCUGGCUGUGUGUGCCCUUGUAAAUCCCGAAAACUAAUCUGCACUUUUUAAUCUUUAAAACCUACAAGUCAAGAUGUAGCCCAAGGUUAGCCAUUUAAACAUGGCAAAAAAAAAAAAAAAAAAAAAAAAAAA